UGAGAAUAGAGAACUGCACUUCUUCUGUCAACACGAAGUGUGCACCUGUACGUGCCUACUAAGCCCUUCAUCGUUUAAGUGAACUUCGGCGCAUGAAAAAUCGGAUGGUUUUGUUUAUCGGUUCGAUACAAAGUCGGAGUUUCCUCCCUUCGUUUUGAGUGAAUCCUUGUACCCUCCAAGAAAAAGCGCUAAAUGGACCCGACCCAACGAAGAGUGAGUACCUAAUGCCCCUCCAAUAACCCACCGCGCGUGAAGAUUAUGACUGUACUCCACGCUCUCCAUACUUAUAAUCCUGUUCGAAUCGUGUCUGGUAAACGCCAAUUUUUGAUUCACCUCCUGAUACUAGACAAAACAUUCUAAGCAUCUAAGAAUCGUUCGUAAUUCUCUCUCUCUAGUUCUUAUUUGUUUAAAUUUUGAAACUACAGAAGAUGUCAGGCGGCGGAGGGCCGCCAGAGGCGGCGUCAGAUACGGAGAUUCUGUUGACGAAAAUUCGAGGUCUCCUUUACGAAACACGCUCAAUCGGCUUUCGAUCCUUGCGCAUCGCCUGUGCCAAGUCCCUCAAUAAAGCGAACCCAACGACAGGAGAGUUGUUACGGCUACAAGAACAUGACUUGAUGAAGAUGAUGCUAGUAGUUGGAGCAAGAAGCUGCAAGUGCAGUGUGGUUGUGUAGGUAGUUUGAUUGAUAUGUGUACAACUCGCCACAGGCAGAGAGAAUACUAAAGCUACAUCGAUCAAGACCUUGCGCAUCUGUACACUAAACCACUAAGCCAACUGCUUCGGUUUCCUUGCUCUUCUGAUUAGAAGGCACUGCUGGGAGACUGAAAGGCCUCAAGAACGUGAGUUAGGACGUUUAAUAUCUUUUUCUAAUCUACGCUCUGCGUCAUGCAGAUGAUACCUUUCGGGAAGCCAGUGUUUUUCUGUCUGAGAAGGAGCUUCUAGUUUUGUCAAGAGCCUAUGGAAAUGGGAGGCUCGUGGAUCGGACGAUUUCGUGCAAAAAAGUGCUCGAAGCUCUUAUCCCGACCGAGGAAGCAAUGCCGGAGAGAAGUUUUUUGUUAUGUUGACUGGGGGACUAGCGUUUCAUCUGUUUCAGUAUCUAUACAUAGUUAUAUUUACAAAGUCUACUAAGUUGUAGUGUUUAUAAAGAUUGCUGUACAGUGCCGAGUGACUACCGAACCUCGCGAAACAAGCAACAGAUUCGCACCAUCAUUUUUCAUCACCAUCUUCAAACCAUCAAACGAUCUACUAUCUACUUAUCAAUCAAAUCAAUCUAUUCCCAUUUUGAGCGUCUAAUCCCCGCCGACAAAGUUUGGGCUGAAUGCGCCAAAGCAAUGGGCGCCGAGAUCGACCUGAUCGAUUUUGUGGAGGCGAGCAAUCCAAAAAACUACCCACAUUGCAAAGCGGGUCGUGUCACCUAUGACGAGUGCAAGCGACUUCUUAUGGGAGAACUGGAAAGCAUCAUGGGGCCAUUGGGGAAGGCUGCGGUAAUAUCUCCUCUAUAACAGGUUUAUAGGAUUUUCAUGGGACCAUUGGGGAAGGCUGCGGUAUAAUUUUGGGUUUAUUUUCUUUCUCUAGAACAAGAACUCAUGGGAUGUCAAAUUUUUUUCAUAGCUAUGCUUUCUAGGUAGACUUCCAGCUGGUCAAGACCUAUUAUAAGCUAUUCAAUCCUAGCUACGUUAUCUCAACAUGCUAUCUGAUCCUAACAAAAAGUAACCCUAAACCCUAAACCCCACAUAGGUCGACGCUGAAGUUUUCCGAUUAUAUGCGAUGCAGACCUCUUGCCUCUGCUCUCUUGACGCCCAAUUCGAAUACAUGAUGGGGAUGUUCACUACAAAUCCGAAUCUGAUCGAUAAUACUUUGUCAUUAUGGAAGAUUGAACCAGAGUUGGAUACGGACUUAAUCAUAUUACAUUGAUUCAUGUACUGAGGACCGUCAACAACGUACUGAAUAAAUUUCACCACAAUUUGGUUUUCCUGGUUGUUCCUCACGUACCAAGAGUGAUCUUCCUAUUCCAUCAGAAUCUACCCUCUAAUCGGAAGACAGCUCAAACUCGUUGACAUGUUUGUGACGAAGUUUAACGAAAUGAAGAGCACGCGAAGUGUCCUGCAACUCUUCCAGUACUACGACACUAGCAAGAAUUUUGCCCUCUCCUUCGCGGAUUUUCGAAAACUUUCAAUCGGAGUAGGCGUGAACAUCUCUGAGCUGGAAAAGAGACUAGUAUUCGACUUCUUCGGACCGACUGGAGUCAUCGUGUGCGGACCGUUUUUGAAGUACUGUAUGUAUUCGGCCUUUUUAGGUGGAGUAUCCUUCUUCAGCUACUUCGUGCACUUUCUUGUAGAAUAUUCAGCCUUACUUAUAGUGCGAUUCUUCAGCCUUACUUCGUGCACUGAGUAUUAUAACUACUGGCGCACACUUGUUACUACAACAGCAGUUGUGGCGUUUUCAUUCUGCAUCCACACGAAAGGUACGUCUUCUACCUCAUGGAGUACGAGACACAAAAAAUUGGCCGACCCGCCGAGUAUCGGGCGAUCCGCGAGCACGGUCCGCUAGCCCACGAUCCUGAUGCAGAACCACGCGGACUCUGUGCCAAGAUCAAGAAGCAUUUGAUGAAGAACCACCCUCGUGGCCUCAGUGUCAUCUUCAAUGUGCUUCACUUGCUGAAUCGCGUAGGCAGCAAAAUCCUAAGGGACGACUUUCAGUGGGGAUUGGAGACAUGUGGUAUUUAAGAUCAUAAUUGGGUGAUUGGCGUGACUUUCAGUGGGGAUUGGAGACAUGUGGUAUAAGAUCAUAGUUUUAAUUAGCGAGAUCGACAUGUGGUAUAAGAUCAUCAUUGCACUGUAUUUCUCUUUGAAGUUACAUGUCGAGAUCAACAAUAAAGAACUAAUGGUUGUUCCUUUUCAUUGGUGUCGUGAUUUUUACUUGUAGUCCACUGAAAAUAACCGAGUUAGUAAGUUCCUGAAAUAAGGGAGGUAGGUAGGUUUGACAGGGCCACUGUUCCUUGUUCAGGCUUGAUUGUGCUUAUUUCAAGUAGUUACUCGGUUACCUAUUUCAGUUUUUCGAAUACUUGUAGUCCACUGAUCAAACCUGUCAUCAAAAUGAUGUACUACUCAAACCAACAUUUUUGCUGUUAGAGGGAUGACGAUUAACGAACCUCCUUUCAACCGAAUAAUCGUUGUGUUAAGCGGGGAUGGUAUCCUGGACCCCGAUAUCUACCAUCUGUAUCUUCGCAUUAACAAUGACAUCGUCAACAUGUAGGUCUCCGACUCGGAACAGCAGAAAGCGAGUAUUUGAAGCAGUAUUUUUCAGGCGGGACUGAAGAAGUGGACCGAGACGAAUUCUUAGACUACCUGAGAUGUACCAAGGACGACGGUGACUUGUCGGACUAUCACGCACGAAUGAAAGAAGCAGAGGCGAGGAUAGAACAGGUAAAACUUCACUCUGUUUUUAGAAUGUUCUAAUGAUCUUACUCAUACAUUGCGGCUUGGAUGAGAUUGUAGUAGUUCGUAAACAUGGGAACGAACAAGUCGGUUCCCUUAAAAUCGUAACUAACCAAGUCAUUCAACUUGAAUCAGUACUUACGUCAUUUACAUACCCCUUACCCAACUGAAGGUUGCACCGGGCCCUAAUGAGUAUGUUAGCGCCGACUACACGAUGAAGAAAUGGGAGCCAGCGUUUGGUGGAUCCAAAUUCAUCGCUGCACAGUUUAUCCUCGAUAUGUACGAUGUUAGCGGCCAUCCUUACCUGGAGGCGGUCGGUGCAAAGGCGCUCACAGACGAGUUCUUUGUUAUGAAAAAGGAACAGACUGAGGACAGUAAUUCUUAACUCUGUAUAAUUCCUACAAGCCGAAGCCUGUAGAAGUUUUCGUUUCGUUUACAAGAUGUCGCAUGAACUCUUCCUGUUUCUCAAGGGACAUCGAUCAUCUACAACUUCCUGCAAGCUCUAACAUCAAGUACCUCGGCGAGAGUUUGGCGAUCGGCCGUGCGAGCAAGGCCAAAGUGGUGAAAUACAUCGUGGAUGAGGGUCUCUGCCAGAAAGACGAGGUGUGGCGCAAGUACCUCUACACCUGCCUGCCUUCGCGCAAUCCGGAUGAGAACGUCCUUCCUACAGGGGAAGGAGCGUAGAGAAAAGAAAAAACAAUUACAUUGACCGAUACUAAAACUUACUAUGAUUUCCAAUUCCAGUCGAUGUCGACCAAAUUUUAACAAAUAGAAAGGCUCCUGUUUACGACAAGUUUGAGUUACAAGAAAAACGUUAGGUUACGUCAUGUUACAAUUCGCUGUAUCUUCAAAGUAAAAACGCUGAUGAUGUACUUCCUUACAACUGUUACCUCCAUUCAAAGAUAUGACGUUGAUCAACACUAGCUCGUUCUCGGGCUACAACGGGAAAAUGGGAUCCUGAAAAUGUAUUGAGCCCUGAAAUCUUAAUCUUGUCUUUCUUCAACAUGUAGAAAUAGAAAGGUGUAAUUCAUUGUAUUAUUUGCAUAUCAUAACAUUCUUGAUGGAUAAGUUGGAUCUUUGUCGAAAUUGCGCAAAGGAACAGAACGCUCAUGAUCAUAGAUGGUACAACAACGCUUUCUAGAUGAGUCCAAAAUUAGCGAUCUUUCAACAUGAUUACAGCGAUCCCAUUCCGGGAGGCUGUGCCUUCACGAAAAAGUUCCAUCGAAGGAUGACAUCUCC